AUGAUCAAUCCCGUAGUCGAGGCAGGUGGCUGUCCCGCAGAACCACAAGAAUCACAGCAGCAACAAGUUCCUUCUGAUAAUAGUCAACAUUCCAACAAAGGUGAGAGCAGUGCAAGUUUUUUACGAGCAGCGCGAGCUGGGAAUUUAGAUCGUGUACUUGAGCUACUGCGUUCGGGUACUGAUAUCAAUACAUGCAAUGCGAAUGGACUGAAUGCGUUACAUCUGGCUUCUAAAGAAGGUCAUCAUGAAGUAGUCCGCGAACUUCUGAAACGGAAAGCAGAUGUCGAUGCUGCUACAAAGAAGGGUAACACGGCGUUACAUAUAGCGUCAUUAGCAGGGCAGGAACUUAUCGUCACAAUACUUGUUGAAAACGGCGCAAAUGUUAACGUACAAUCACUGAACGGUUUCACACCACUCUACAUGGCUGCACAGGAGAAUCACGAAUCUGUUGUACGCUAUCUUCUUGCGCACAAUGCUAAUCAAGCUUUAGCUACAGAGGAUGGCUUUACACCACUGGCGGUUGCCUUGCAGCAAGGUCACGAUCGCGUUGUAGCUCUUUUACUUGAGAAUGAUACACGCGGAAAAGUGCGCUUACCGGCAUUACAUAUCGCCGCUAAAAAGGAUGAUACGAAAGCAGCUACGUUAUUACUGCAAAAUGAGCACAAUUCGGAUGUGACUUCGAAAAGUGGUUUCACUCCGCUCCAUAUCGCCGCUCACUAUGGAAAUGAGAACGUAGCGCAAUUACUGCUCGAAAAAGGAGCAAAUGUAAAUUACCAAGCGAGACAUAACAUAAGUCCCUUGCACGUCGCAACAAAAUGGGGACGCGCGAACAUGGUUUCGUUGUUGUUAGCUCAUGGGGCUGUAAUUGACUGUCGUACGCGCGACUUAUUAACACCAUUACACUGUGCUUCUCGUUCGGGCCAUGAUCAAGUUGUUGACUUAUUGCUUGAAAAAGGAGCUCCAAUAAAUGCUAAAACAAAAAAUGGUUUGGCUCCCUUACAUAUGGCAGCACAGGGUGACCAUGUAGACAGUGCUCGAAUUCUGCUAUAUCAUCGAGCUCCGGUUGAUGAUGUUACCGUUGAUUAUCUUACUCCUCUUCAUGUGGCUGCUCACUGUGGACAUGUUCGUGUCGCUAAACUUCUGCUGGAUCGUAAUGCCGAUUCAAAUGCUCGUGCCCUCAAUGGGUUCACACCGCUGCAUAUCGCUUGCAAAAAAAAUCGCAUUAAGGUUGUCGAGCUAUUGCUGAAAUACCAUGCUGCCAUUGAGGCAACUACAGAGUCCGGUCUCUCACCGCUGCAUGUCGCUGCUUUCAUGGGUGCCAUAAAUAUCGUCAUCUACUUACUGCAACAAGGUGCUAAUGCGGAUGUGGCUACAGUUCGUGGUGAAACACCUCUUCAUUUAGCCGCACGAGCAAACCAAACUGAUAUUGUUCGUGUUUUGGUGCGUAAUGGAGCCCGGGUGGAUGCUGCGGCACGUGAGUUACAAACUCCGUUACACAUUGCAUCACGUCUUGGUAAUACUGACAUCGUCGUUUUGUUGCUGCAGGCUGGCGCAUCACCAAAUGCUGCUACACGGGAUCUCUACACUCCUCUUCAUAUUGCCGCCAAAGAGGGGCAAGAAGAGGUGGCGGCAAUACUGAUAGAUCAUGGAACCGACAAGACACUGCUCACUAAAAAGGGUUUCACGCCGCUGCAUUUAGCUGCUAAAUACGGCAAUUUGCCGGUAGCGAAAUUAUUGCUGGAGAGAGGAACAUCUGUUGAUAUUGAAGGCAAAAACCAGGUGACACCUCUGCAUGUAGCGGCACAUUAUAACAACGACAAGGUAGCGUUGCUACUUCUAGAAAAUGGUGCUUCCGCACAUGCUGCUGCGAAGAAUGGAUAUACUCCUUUACAUAUUGCCGCGAAGAAGAAUCAGAUGGACAUUGCUAGCACUCUUCUUCAUUAUAGGGCAAAUGCGAAUGCUGAAAGCAAAGCUGGCUUCACACCACUUCAUCUUGCUGCCCAAGAGGGCCAUCGCGAAAUGGCUGCUUUACUAAUCGAAAAUGGAGCGAAGGUCGGAGCUCAGGCAAGGAACGGUUUGACGCCAAUGCAUCUCUGUGCACAGGAGGAUCGUGUUAGUGUAGCAGAAGAACUGGUGAAAGAAAAUGCUACUGUUGAUCCCAAAACGAAAGCAGGAUAUACGCCAUUACAUGUUGCUUGCCAUUUCGGACAAAUAAACAUGGUCCGUUUCUUGAUUGAGCAUAGCGCUCCGGUUUCAGCCACUACUCGUGCUUUCUAUACUCCACUACAUCAAGCUGCUCAGCAAGGACAUAAUAAUGUUGUGCGUUACUUGUUGGAGCAUGGUGCUAGUCCAAAUGUCCACACAUCGACAGGACAAACUCCAUUAUCGAUUGCUGAACGUUUGGGCUAUGUGUCCGUGGUUGAAGCGCUAAAAACAGUUACGGAAACUACCGUGAUUACGGAGACCACAACUGUUACUGAAGAAAGGUAUAAACCUCAGAAUCCUGAAGCAAUGAAUGAAACCAUGUUUUCUGAUUCAGAAGAUGAAGGUGACGAUAAUCAGAUCACAGCCAAUGCGCAUGCUCAUGAUUUCUCAGAAAGCCUCACAAAAGGUUUGCACGACUCAACUGGUAUGCAUCUGAUUCAUGCUGCAGAACCGAUGUUGUCACGAAGCUCGGAAGUGGAAGGUACGGAUGGCGAUUUGGAUGCUUUAAUUCGCAAAGCACAACAUGAACCCGUUACUACAGCGAUGGCUGACCCUUCUUUGGAUGUAUCGCUUUCUGACAAUGUUCCAAUAACGAGAAGCACCGUGCAACCUAGUUUCUUAAUUUCGUUCAUGGUGGAUGCGCGUGGAGGAGCUAUGCGUGGCUGCCGACAUUCUGGUGUGAGAAUCAUUAUACCGCCAAGAAAAGCGCCACAGCCUACACGCAUCACAUGCAGAUACCUCCGGAAGGAUAAGUUAGCACAUCCACCACCGUUAAGUGAAGGUGAAGCGCUUGCAUCGCGUAUACUUGAAAUGGCGCCACAUGGGGCAAAAUUUUUGGGUCCCGUUAUAUUGGAAGUACCACACUUUGCAUCACUUCGUGGACGAGAGCGAGAGAUUGUCAUUUUGCGUUCCGAUGAUGGACAGCAUUGGAAAGAACAUCAAUUGGAGGCGACAGAAGACGCUGUACAAGAGGUACUGAAUGAAUCAUUUGAUGCCGAGGAGUUGUCACAGCUUGAUGAUUUGCAUACAUCACGAAUUACACGUAUCCUCACCAAUGAUUUUCCAAUGUAUUUUGCGGUCGUUACUCGUGUUCGGCAGGAAGUACAUUGUGUUGGUCCAGAAGGCGGUGUAAUACUCUCUUCAGUUGUUUCCCGUGUACAGGCUAUAUUUCCGGAUGGUUCUUUAACCAAGACGAUCAAAGUAUCUGUACAAGCCCAGCCAGUUCCACAAGAAAUAGUCACUCGUUUACACGGGAAUAGAGUUGCAGUAUCCCCAAUUGUAACUGUUGAACCGCGUCGUCGCAAAUUUCAUAAGCCUAUAACACUAUGCAUUCCAUUGCCACAAAGCUCAAAUAAAGGAAUGUUAACACAAUAUAGCGGUCAACCAGGACAAGAGCCACCGACGCUUCGUUUGCUCUGCAGCAUAACUGGCGGAUCUGCCCCUGCUCAGUGGGAGGAUAUUACUGGAACCACACAGUUAACAUUUACUGGCGAAGAUGUUUCAUUCACAACUACGGUUUCUGCUCGAUUUUGGCUGAUGGAUUGCCAGACUCCGCGGGAUGCGGCUCGAAUGGCACAGGAAGUUUACAAUGAAGCAGUUGCAGUUCCAUAUAUGGCUAAAUUUCUGAUUUUUGCUCGACGAACUUUUCCUACUGAGGGACAGUUGAGGUUAUUUUGUAUAACUGAUGAUCGGGAAGAUAAAACUCUGGAGAAACAUGAGCAUUUCACUGAAAUUGCUAAAUCGAGAGAUGUCGAAGUUUUGGGCGGGCGACAUCAGUUUUUGGAAUUUUCUGGGAAUAUUCUUCCAAUAACGAAAAGUGGCAACCAACUUUCGCUUUAUUUUUUGCCAUUCCAAGAAAAUCGUCUUGCUUUCAUGAUAAAGACGCGCGCUCAUACGGAUAGCGAAACUGCUGUUGAUGGCCGAAUAGCAUUUAUGAAAGAGCCAAAAAAUGAGAGCCGAAAAUUUGCCUCCUCAAACGCCGAGCCGAUGGUACCCAAAAAGCCCUUCUUUCCGGAAGCUCCUUUGACGGAGAAAUACACUGGAGCUUUCCAUGAAAUUGCCGAGUCUGAUGACUUGCAGUUGCCAUAUGUUGCUCGAUUAAUUGGUGCUGAUUGGCAUCGGUUGGCUCGAGCGCUAGAAGUACCUGAUAUUGAUAUACGACAAGUUCGACAUCAGCUAGCUGGUCUCGAAGCAAUCACUGUUCUGCGUAUUUGGAUGUUUUUGAAGAAAGAACAAGCGACGCCUGCUGCUUUGCUAUCGGCAUUACAACGAAUAGGGCGUGAUGAUGUUGUACGAGAAAUGAAUCGAGCUGAAAAGCCGGAUAAUUUAGAAGGAACACCCGUAUCACAUAUUUCUGGACCUUCAGUAACAUUGUCAACCACUUCGCUAGAAGGAGCAAACGACAAACGUCGUUACCCCGAAGUGACGUCAACGAGACAGCUAGUGGUGGAGAAACCAUUCUUUCAACAGUCGGAAUAUUAUGGGACAGAUGGAGAUACAGAGGAACCGAAAGAGCAGCCAUUCAGCGAAGAGGAGGAGGAGGUUGCAGUUUCAGAAAUUCGAACAGUUGUGCGCACUGAACGACAUGUGCACGAUUCAAAAGAUGGUCCUAUUGUGGAGGAACGCACAAUAACAACUACAUAUGAGGAUGAUAUUGCUGUAAAUGAAGAAAUUGUUGACAAGAUAGUGCCUCUCAACGAAGAAGAGCAGGAGAAAUGGGAUCGAAUGGUUCGAGAAGUGGAGAUGAAUUUGGAGGAGCAAGAAGCACCAAAAGAAGGAACGCUUAACUAUCAGUUAAUACAUGGGGAGAAAAAAAGCGAUGAUGGUGUCACCCUGAAAACGACAAUGGAGAGUAGUCAUAUAACGCAGGUUUUACCCGAUGAAGCUAAAAUAUCUAAAGAAACAGGAUUAAGUAGCGGGGAUGCAAGUAUUGUUAUGACUCCGGCCGAAAAGAAGGAUGAUCACAUUAUAGAUGUACCAGAAACUCCUUUAUCUUCCACAGAGCCGAAUGCCUCAACAGUAACUGAUCAGAAGCAUGAAACCAUGGCGGAGGGCUUUACAAGUGAAGAUGGCUCAGUAGUUGUGUCAAAGAAGAUGACGCGCGUUGUAACUACGACACGGACAACACUUCCAGGAGAGAAGGCGGAAUCGAAUGCGG